AUGUCCUGCAAUUGCUCUACUACUGAAACUACAGUCAAGCCUGACUGCAAGUGUCCCAUCAAUUCCUGCAAAUGUUCUGGUUGCAAGCCUUUAAAUUGCUCUGAAACAUCCUGCUCAAAGGAAACCUGUGAAUGUCCUCCUGCUGAAUGCAAAUGUGAUGGUUGCAAGACCAAGACCUGUGCUGCCGAUGGUUCUUCAGCCUGCUCAAAGGAAACUUGCAAAUGUCCUCUGAAUGAGUGCAAGUGUGAUGGAUGCAAACCUAUCAACUGCUCAGAAACAAAAUGCUCAAAGGAAACAUGCAAAUGCCCACCCGCAGAGUGCAAGUGUGAUAGCUGUAAGUCAAAGACUGAAAGCUCCUGCACCAAGGAAACUUGCACAUGUCCUCCUGGUAAGUGCACUUGCGAUGGAUGCAAGACUACAGCCUGCUCUGGAGAAUCUUGCUCUAAGGAAACUUGCACAUGUCCUCCUGGUAAAUGCACCUGCUCUGGAUGCAAGACUACAACCUGCUCUGAAGAUUCGUGUACUAAGGAAACUUGCACAUGUCCUCCUGGUAAGUGCACCUGUGCCAGCUGCAAGACCACAGCCUGCUCUGGAGAAUCUUGCUCCAAGGAAUCUUGCACAUGUCCUCCCGGUGAAUGUACCUGCUCUGGAUGCAAGACUACAACCUGCUCUGGAGAAUCUUGCUCCAAGGAAACUUGCACAUGCCCUCCCGGUAAGUGCACCUGCACCGGUUGCAAAUAA